GAUUUAUAGUUUCUAGGACGCCCUGUGCCUGAAUUCAUACGCUAACAUGUGGAGGUCUAUAUGCGUGUAGUAAGGACAAAAUAAAGCGCUUUGCAGAGGCAACACCUUAUCUGGUAAGAUGUACAUGAAUAUGGUAAUAUUCUGUUACGAAUUUUCUUGCAUUUUAUGGCAAACUUAAGAAAGAUUCAAGACGAAUCUAUUUCAUACUUUCUUUAGUUUCUUGCGAUAACUCAACUGGUGUGUUCAGUUAAAAUGUACGAUGCCAACGCCAUGCGUAAAUUAAAUAAAUAUAUAGUGAACAUCACAGAAGGGAAUAACCUUCUGUGAGGGGGGUGGGGGCAAUGGUCAAGCAUGGUGGUAUGUCAUACCAAAUUAUGGUGUCAAUGUUAUGUGAGUAAUUAUAAAGGACAGUUAAGUCGGGUAUGGGACUUUUGUCUGAUGGUACCGCUUACAAUAUGCCGCCAAAAUCUGACAUGUUAUUUCAUUGACCUCAUGGUCUCACUAUUUAUCUAACCUCAGUGGCAGUUCUCACAAUGGGUACACACGUGAUGCUGUUGCUGGUCACUGCAAGUGUCCAACUUUGGGCAGCGUAUCCUUCCCCUGUGGUGGACACACCGUUCGGACGGCUGCGAGGCAUGGAGACGGUCGCCAGGAACAACAAGACUUACCUGGCGUUUCUAGGCAUCCCCUACGCCAAACCACCUGUCGGAGAGUUGAGAUUCAAUAAACCUGUGCCACACCCGAAAUUAGGUAAAAGCAAACAUGAAAAAGUUUAUAAUAAAAACUCUUCUUAAGGCCGUACUACCGUAUUAAUACUAAAGGACCAAGCCAUUUAUUAAUACUAAAACUCCAAAUAUUGAUUGACUAACGGAUGUUGAGCGAAAAGCUAAAUCAAGAACUACAAAAAAAAAAGUAUUGUUCCGAAUCCAAAACUCUCGAGUCCAUGACGUCAUUUCUCAUGAAGCUGUUUUCACUCAGAGAAGGUUUUUUUUUAAUAACUGAGAAGAACUAAUCGCCUGUGUCUUGUCCCAGCAGAAUUUAAACUAUUAGAUUUUGUUAAUUGAAAGUGGACAAAUUUCAUACUUCAUUCUUUACUGUUUACCAUACUUCAAGUAAACUUCAUAUUUCAAUUAUAUUUCAUUCUUUACAUUAGACGAUUUCGGAAGAUACCAUGAAUGCCCUUUGUCUGCCCACGCAGGCUCACGCAAUGGUGGUUGUGUUCCCAGGGUAGCAGUAGGGGGGUCGGUGGCAGCGCCUCUUUAGUCAGCAUGCCACCACAGACAUGUCGGCCAGAGCCCCAGGGUGACCUUCAUGGCAUACAUCUUCCUUAACAAAAGUGUUUAUUUCUUCUUGACCCCUAUUCAUGGGUCAUUUUGAAUAUAUGAUAGAGAGGGCAUAUACUGGCCAUAUUCCUGAAUUUUAUAGGAGAUACAUAGAUGACAGCAUAGGCAUCACAAGCAUGGAAACUAAUGAUCUCCAGAAAUUUAUAGAUUUAUUAAACUCAUUUCACCAAUUAAUAAAAUUUACUUCUCAAAUCUCUGGACAUUCUGUCAACUUCCUUGAUAUCACCGUAACUUUGAAAGAAAACGUAUUGAUUACAUCUGCCUACUACAAACCUACUGACAGCCAUAGUUACCUAUUGUACUCAUCCUCCCACCCUAAAUCAUGCAAAGACUCCAUACCUUUCUCACAACUUCUUAGACUACGGCGUCUCUGCCAAAUUGAUGAGGAAUUUCUAGAAAGAGCUGAUGAAAUGAUGGAUUUCUUCCGCUCCAGAUCCUAUCCUGAAACUACUCUGGUCUCAGCACUAGAUCGCAUCAGCACGAUCACACGAAAAGAGGCUUUCAAAACUCGCCCUAACAACAAUGAGGAUCGUACCAAACUUAUACUAACCUACCACCCUCACAAUUUAACUGCCAAAAAAAUAUUCCUAAAAAAUCGUAGCAUACUUCUUGCUGACCCUGAUACCAACAGGGUUUUCUCAUCCCCUCCACUGAUUGUCUUUAGACGGGACAGAAAUCUAGGUGAUCUUCUGGUUCAUAGUCGCCUUCGAUCUGAACCGUCUUACGUUGGUACUAAACCAUGCUUAAGAGGCCGCUGCAGAACUUGUCCCUUUACACUCCAAACUGAUAGCAUUGGCCUCCCUAAAGGUACUUUUACCAUUAAAGAGGGUUUCACCUGUGUCAGCAGAAAUGUAAUAUAUGCGAUUGUUUGCCGUAGAUGCCAAUCAAGUUACAUAGGGGAAACUGGGAGAAGAUUGGCUGAUAGGUUCACUGAACAUCUAAGGGAUAUUGAGCAAUGUAAACCUUCUUGGGAGAAGAUUGGCUGAUAGGUUUACUGAACAUCUAAGGGAUAUUGAGCAAUGUAAACCUUCCCCGGUCUCUUCUCAUUUCAACCAAAAAGAACAUAAAGGUGCAUUGGAUGUAACCAUUACGGCAUUGAUUUCAUGCAGUAACACACCAGAUAGGGUUAAAAUGGAAAAUAAAUUUAUUCAGCUGUUUGGCACCAUAUCUCCAUAUGGUAUUAAUCAAAUAAUAUCCUACUGAUGUUUCUCCGUUUCCCUAUAUUUCAUCUAUUUUCUUAUUGCUGUUUGUUGAUGUAUCCCUGGAGAUUCUGGUCCAUUAUUAUUGUGGACUUUAUUUUUCACGGUGUCAAUAUUUAUAUUCUCUCGCUUCCUGUUUUCCCACUUCCGGAGAGACGAAUGAAUACUGCUUGAGUUGUCUACUGUGUUCUUUUCUUUGUUAUAUUUUCAUUUCUAUUGUUGGCUGAGGAAGGCUUUAUGCCGAAACGUCCUUGUUUUUUGUCCUGUUACCUUAUUUCAAGCUUCCACAUACCUCGUUUCACUAUUUCAUUCAUUUACAUAGCUUGAAAGCAGUCCCUUCAUUUAUUAUUUCUUCUUGUGCGUCCCCUUCCAAAGCUAGGUACUUUCUUUAGCGGUGAAUGACCUUCCUGAGGGAUAGGUCGUUAGUCUCGUGAGGCUGUUCAAACAGUUCAGAAAAAUUUAAAAAUGCAUUUUUUUAUAAAAAUCCUGCAAAUUCACAAUCAAAUCUAUUCAAUCUUCCUUGCGGCAAGCGAGCAAAGCAAAAAUAUGAAACUCCAUAAUGCCACCAAACACAAAUAAGAUAUACGUACAUGCUGGUUAAGGCGGGUCCAUUUUAACGUUUGACAUGACACAUCGGGUAAAGAGUUAGCUUAUACAGACGUAACAAUAACCACGAUCUGAUGUGUUAGCAUAUCAGCCUGAAAUUAAAUUUACAACCUUGAAAUUAAGAAGACUGUUUGCUUGUCACCUUUCUCUAGCUGCUGUGUUUAACGCAACGGUGCCUGGUGCCUCCUGCGUUCAAUCUGAUUUGAUGCUUCAGCCAGGAGAGACGAUGUCCGAAGACUGUCUGUUUUUGAACGUGUUUACCAGAGGCGACGGCAACUCGACAGUCAACCGCAAAAAGGUGAUGGUUUGGGUUCACGGUGGUGCAUUCAUCCUGGGCUCCUCCCUGCUGUACGACGCCGGAUCAAUCGUGACGGACCAUGACGUCAUCGUGGUCACGCUCAACUACAGGCUGGGCGUGCUGGGGUUUUUCAGCACCGGAAACGAGGCGAGUCUCGGGAACUACGGUCUUUGGGACCAGGUGGCGGCUUUAGAGUGGGUCAAGGACAACAUCGCCGGCUUCGGUGGGGAUCCCGAUGACGUCACUGCCAUGGGCCAAUCCGCCGGAGGGGCGUCGGUGUCUCUGUUAGCGUUGUCGCCUGUCGCCAAAGGCGUGUUCACGAGAGUUUACGCUCAAAGUGGGUUUGCGUCGUCACUGUUCGCAAACUACGUCAAUUCCUAUAUGGACGCGGAGUUCGUGUCCCGAGAGUUGAACUGCACUAACGAAGUUCCUCGCAACGCAACCGAGUUGGUCAGAAGUCAUGCCGUCUUAGACUGCCUGAGAAAUCGUUCAGCCGCCGAUGUUUCCAAGUGGGCCGCCCCUGAGCUGUACAGAACAUCAUACGGGCCACGUGUGGACGGGGAUCUCAUCCCGAGGUCGGCUUUAGAGUUGCUGGGCGACUACGAUUAUCUGGUAUCGAUUGGAUUCUACGAGAGAGCGUACUUGGUCGGCGUCAACAACAACGACAGACAGGCGGUCGAUGCCUUAUUCGAGUCUGCAAAGUUAAGCCACUAUGGCGCCGUGAACAACUUGACGUCAGAGGAGAAGGAGAAAGGCUGGAAGGACACCGUCAACACAGCUGCGUGCUUCAACAUUGGGGACAGGCUGGGCUUAGAGUCGCCUUCGGAUGUCCAGGUCCGUCCCAUCACCGAUUGGUACGAGAACAGGCAUCCUGGCGAGGCCGCUGUGAAGACCCUCAUCUCCGACCUGUACUUCAGCGUGCCGCUGUUCGAUUUUCUCAAGGCCGUGGCUAGAAACAGCUCGGUGAAGGCGUGGCUGAUGUACUUCAACCAUUUCCCGAGCUACUUGAACGGGACGUCCAAAGGAAUGACGCACGGACUGGACCUGCCCUACUUGUUUGACAUUCCGAUGGACGUCGUGGACAGGCUGACGUUUGCGGGAAUCCACGGAAGCUUUGAUGGCGCCGACUUGAGACUCAGACGUCUCUUUUCUUCUCUGAUAGCGGAGUUCACCAAGACAGGGUAAGUAUGAAGUUACGUGUGUUCUCUGAUAGCGGAGUUCACCAAGACAGGGUAAGUACAGCGUGUUUUAAUAGGAAAACUAACUGAAGUUUUAAAAAGUAAUUUUAUAUAACUCGAAAGUGAACCUGUUUCAUAACUCGAAAGUGAACCUGUUUCAUAACUCGAAAGUGAACCUGUUUCAUAACUCGAAAUCCUAAAACUAGAGCUUUAAAUCGCCAUUUCAUCAUCGUCACCGGAUGACGCCCCUGCCCCCCAUGGUUAUCAUUGUGUUGUUUUGAUUUAUGUCGCGUCCCACUGAUGUGUCACGAACAACCUUGGUGUGAGUAGUGCAAUCAUUCGAAUUUUAAUGCGCCUGUUGCAUGGUCAGUCCUACACAGAAAUUUGAGACUAACUACUUGUGUUUUUGAUCAACUCCCUCUAUUCCUUCGUAUUUGUUUUAUAAACUAUUUAACAUGUUUUCCUCGUAAAGAAAACUACUCUGUGAAUCUACAGUCUUUCCAUUAUCACCAACAUAUUUUUUUCAAAUAAAAUUAACCAAAUCUUUAUAACAGUUUAAGUUAUGAACUCUUCUUCUAACAACUCUAACGAUGCAUUCAAAACAGAAACCCGACAAAGGCACUGGACAGCGAGACACCAGGCGGAUGGCCAGCGUAUGACUUACAAGGUGGUCAGUACUUGGACUUUAAUCCCACCCCAAGCAUUCAGCAGGAUCUAGACAGGGAGAAGAGAGAGUUCUGGGAGGUCACGGCACCCUCUUGGUUUGCAUCGACAACAGUGUCGGUUACCGCAGCAACGUCUACUACACGUAAAGGAUCUACAGCCUCGGCGGUGGGGGCUGUCGGCUGUCUUCACAUCUGUGGAGUUGUUGUUGCAGCUGUGUUGAUUAAUAACUAGAGACACAAUGUUGGUUGAGACAGAGACGCAAUGUUGGUUGAUUAAAAUGUCAAAGUAUUUUUAAAUUUAAAAAAGAAAUAAAUAUAUAUUCAGUUGUGUUGUUAGAUAUAGAGCGGGAUGGAUGACAGAUGGGCUAAGAAUUGAAGGAUACAGAAAAAGAGGCAGAGAGAGAAGCAGAGAGACAGGGAGAGACAGAGAGAGACAGAGGAAGGGACAGAGAGAGUGGGGAGAGAAACACAUUUAACUUGCUAUUCAAACACAAAAAGAAACAAGAUUUUCAUUUUUGAAAACAUGCAUUUGUUCACCUGUCAAAAUGAUGAAACAUUUUUAAAAAAUGUGUCGUGACGUGUGAUUUAUAAAAAGGGAAAUAAGAAUGAUUUGCAGUUACAGAAUUAAAAUCUCAUGGUUAUGCCCCC